GGGACGUGCCGGGGCUGUGGCCACAUUUCGGGGUGGCCAUGAGGCUGCUACGGGUGCUGCUGCUCCUCGGGGGGCUGCGCCUGCCCCCCACCCUGGGGCUUCUCCAGGAACCCCCCACCGAGUACACGGGACCCCCCGGCAGCUAUUUCGGCUUCGCCCUGGAUUUCCUCAUGACAGAGGGCAGGCCCAGCGUGGCCGUGGGGGCCCCCCGUGCCAACACCUCCCAGCCCGGCGUGGCUCAGCCCGGCGCCGUCUUCCUCUGCUCCUGGCCCCCCGACGAGACCCCCUGCCGCCCCCUCCCCAUCGACACCGCGGGGGACGAGACCGAGACCCAGGGCACCCUGGAAUUCCACACCUACAAGUCGCACCAGUGGCUGGGCGCGUCCGUCACCGGCUGGGACGGCAAACUGGUGGUGGGUGCAGCCGGCGGGGGGUGGUUUGGGCACCCGUGGGUGGUGACGGCGGGGUGGGCACCCACCCUGUGCCAUCCCCCUGCCCAGGCCUGCGCCCCGCUGCAGCACUGGAACGCGGUGGACGGGCCGGACGAGGCGUUCCGGACCCCGACGGGCACCUGCUUCGUGGCGACCCCGGGGCUGCGGCGCGUGGUCUGGUACUCGCCCUGCCGGGACCAGUCGAUGGCCAGCACCUACCGCCAGAACAACUACGAGCACGACAAGCGCUACUGCGAGAUCGGCUUCAGCGCCGCCGUCACCCCGGACGGCACGCUGGUGCUGGGUGCCCCCGGCGGGUAUUACUUCACGGGGCUCCUGUACUCCGUGGAGGUGAACACCAUCCUCAGCCGCUUCCACGGCACGUCCCUGCUCUGGCUGGGGACCCCGGGGCGCCCCACGGUGCCCGUGUCCCUGGAAUACGAGGACGGGUACCGGGGGUACUCGGUGGCUGUGGGCGAGUUCGAUGGCGACCUCAGAACCAAAGAGUACGUUGUGGGGGUCCCCAACAAGAGAGACACGAGGGGUGAGGUGGAGAUCUUCACUGCGGGGAACACCCUGCGCCGGCUGCGGGGCAUCGACAGCGAGCAGGUGGCAUCGUACUUCGGGCACACGGUGGCCGUGGCCGACGUCAAUGGGGACGGGCGGGACGACCUGUUGGUGGGUGCCCCCCUGUACAUGGCCCGGCGCCCCGACGGGCAGCGCAGCGAACUGGGGCGGCUCUACCUCUACCUGGGCGGGGGGCACCAGCUCCUCCCCCGGCCCCCCCAGACCCUGACGGGCACCCACCCCUACGGCCGCUUCGCCGCCGCCAUCGCCAGCCUGGGGGACCUGGACAAGGACGGCUUCGGCGACGUGGCCGUGGGUGCCCCGCAGGGGGGUGACGAUGGCAGAGGGCAGGUCUUCAUCUUCCGCGGGCAGAGUGAGGGGCUGGAGCCGGUGCCCACCCAGCGCCUCGACAGCCCCUUCCCCGGCCCCGCCGCCUUCGGCUUCGCCCUGCGAGGGGGCACCGACCUGGACGGCAACGGCUACCCGGAUCUGCUGGUCGGGGCUUACGGGGCGGCCAAGGUGGCCGUGUACCGGGGACAGCCCGUGGUGGUGGCCCACACCCAGCUGAGUGUCCCCGAUGGGCUGAACCCCGAGAUCCUGGACUGUGUCCUGCCCGACUCCGGUAUCCGUGUCAGCUGCUUCCACGUGGUGUUUUGUGUCAGCGUGACGGGCCAGCACAUCCCCUCGGCCAUCCACCUGGAGGCUGAGCUGCAGCUGGACCGGCUGAAGCCCCGGCUGUCCCGGAGGGUCCUGCUCCUGCAGGGACACCAGUCGUCCUGGCGAGAGGAGCUGGUGGUGACACCGGGGACACGCCCCCAGUGCCGCAACCUCACCGCCUACCUGCGGGACGAAGCCGAGUUCAAGGACAAGCUGAGCCCGGUGGCCCUGAGCGUGGCCCUGGCACUGCCCGGGGAGGCCCCGGGGCUGGUGCUCUAUGGGAACACCCUGGUGCAGGCACAGACCCACAUCGUCCUGGAGGACUGUGGCGAGGACAAUCUCUGCAUCCCUGACCUCCACCUGGCUGCUGACACCCCCAGCCAGUGCCUGCUGAUCGGGGCGGAGGCCGCGCUGCGCCUGCGUGCCCACGCCUCCAACGCGGGCGAAGGCGCCUUCGAGGCCGAGCUGAGGGUGCAGCUGCCCCCUGGCACCCACUACCAGGCAGCCCGGAGCACCAUCCCGGGGCAGGAGAAGCUGAGCUGCAACCCCAAGAAGGAGAACGGGACCCACGUGGUGCUCUGCGAGCUGGGCAACCCCAUGAAAGCAGGGGCCCGGAUCACUGUGGACAUGGAGCUGAGCGUGUCCGGGCUGGAGGACAUGGGGGAUGCCAUCACCUUCCAGCUCCAGCUGCGGAGCAAGAACAGCCCCAGCUCCACGAACGCGUCGGUGACAGUGACAGUGCCCGUGGAGGCUCAGGCAGAGAUGGAGCUGCGAGGCAACUCCCUGCCAGACACGACGGUGCUGCCCACGAGCUGGCAGGGGGUGGAGGGCAGCCGGCGGCUCGAGGACCACGGCAUCAAGGUGGAGCACGUUUAUGAGCUCCACAACAAGGGUCCCAGCACCGUCAGCGGGGUCUCCCUGCGCCUCGCUGUCCCCCACCAGCUGGGCGGCCACAUCCUUCUCUACCUGCUGGAGCUGGGCACCGAGGGGGGCAUGAACUGUACCCACCACCCCGACCUCAACCCCGCCCAGCUGGAGAUCGCCCGUCCCACGGGAGCAGCGCCCGGGAACGGCACCCGCCAGCGGGAGCGCCGGGAGGCGGAGGAGCCCCCGGGGCUGGGGCUGGGGGAGCCUGUCCCCGUGGACUGUGACAAUGCCACGUGCGUGGACAUCACCUGCCACGUGCCCAGCCUGGGCAAGGACCAGCGGGCACUGGUCAGUGUCCACGCCCUGCUCUGGAUGGACACCAUGCAGCAGCGGGAGCACCUCCUGUCGCAGUUCCUCAUCCAGUCCCAGGCGUGGUUCAGCACCUCGGCCAUGCCCUACCGGGUCCAGCCCAGCUUCCUGCCCGCCGGCAACGCCACGGUAGGGCUGUUGGGGACACUGGGAAAUGGGGACAGGUUGUGGUGGCAGCAGUGUCACCCAGCCGUCCCUCCGCAGGCUGUCACCCGGGUGGUUCGUGCCAGCCCCGGGGGCAAGGGGGCCGUGCCGGUGUGGGGGGUGGUGCUGGGGGUCCUGGCCGGGCUCCUGCUCCUCACCCUCCUCAGCCUCUUCAUGUGGAAGAUGGGUUUCUUCAAGAGGACACGGCCGCCCACCGAGGGGGACACACAGGAGCCCAGCCAGGCCCAGGAGCCCGGGGGUGCCCAGGGCUAGUGGGGUCCCCCGCGGUCCCCCUGUGCCCCUCCCCCCAACCCCCUUGUCCUCCAUCCCCUGAGUGCCCGUGGGACCCCAGCCCCCCUCUGCUCCCCCCCAGACAAUAAAUCUCUGCCUGGCA